AAGCACCAGAGUGAACACACCUGCACAUUGUUUAGCAUAGGUGUCUGCCUUAAUGUGCGAUUGGAAAGAAGAAAGUGUGUGAGGAUUGAAUGCGAGCGCUGGGAGUAAUGGGAGCAAACAGGAGAGCAACAACAACAAUACUCCUUAUUUUACUGCAAAUCCAAGCUCUGAUGAGUGCAAAAACCACAGUGGGUGGUGUGGAGGGUCUGAUAUUUACCUUCAGAUGCCACUAUCCAGACGACUACCGGAUCAAAGCUAAGUUCUUUUGCCUUGAUGUUGACAACAUCUGCUCCGUGCCCAUAAUACAAACAGACAAACAUGAGCAGUGGGUGGAAAAAGGACGAUACUCUAUGUAUGACAACACCACCGCAGCAUUUUUCAUUGUCAGGGUGGACAAGCUUACUUUGGAGGACAGCGGGACAUACUGCUGUUUGGUGGACAUCUGCGGCUCCCCUGAUCACAUCAGCAUCAUCAAACUGAAUGUUUCUCGAGUAACUGCAGCCGUCUUCCCAAAGGAUCUCACAGUGGACAAGCUCCACCUGCCACUGUACCUGACCGCUGUGAUGUGUGUGGCAGCAAUUCUCUGUGUGUGUACGUUUACACUAUGUCUUCUGAUGGCUGUUAAACAGCAAAGAGAAUCACAACGGAGCAGAGAGACAUCGGUUUAUGAGACCAUGAUGCCACAUGUAAGCACUGAACCUCAACUCCACCGCAGCUGUUCCUAUCCAGACUGCAAUGAUCUCUCAACUUUACCUCCACUACCCCCUGAUCUCUGCUCCCACUUCACAUCAAAGAAUCGAGAGUCAGCAGUCACUCUCAGCCCUAGUGAAUACGAGGAUGUGGAUGUAUCAGAGAACAUCUGCCAGUACCAACAUCUGGAUCUGGAACAUUUAGAGGAGCACGUGUAUCACUGUCUACGUGGAAACAACAGUGAUAAAAAAAGACGAGAGUCCAGGAUUAAAAAAGCAAAUAACAUUUGAUGCUGUUCAAGGAUAAUUCCAGCUUCUUGAUGAUAUAUUUGUCCAUAUUUUUACAUAAUGUAACUUUGUAAAUUGAGAGUACUUGAAAUAUUACCUUAGUUUUCUUGUAGCUGUCUCACUUACUUACUUGUACAUUAUGUAAGGGCUAAUGUAUAGUGAGUGGGUUGUUAGAGCCUGGUGGAACCCCAAUAGGGGGAGCAGAACCCAAUGAAAAGCAGGGUCAUGAAGCUGUUCCUCCAUUUCAACAACCUGCUCCCUUUACAUUAUCCCACUUAUUACAUGGCAACAGAUAUGAUUAAUAGCAGC